GCGGAGGGUUGGCCGGAAGGCGGAAGUGCAGAGAAUUCCGGUCGGCGUGAGCAUCGUGCGUUACUUGAAUUCCUGUGUUUUCGCAGGUAAAAUAUGGCUAAAAGUUUACGGAGCAAGUGGAAAAGGAAGAUGCGUGCUGAAAAGAGAAAAAAGAAUGCCCCAAAGGAGCUCAGCAGACUUAAAAGUAUUCUUAAAAUAGAUGGUGAUGUUUUAAUGAAAGAUGUUCAAGAGAUAGCAACUGUGGUGGAACCCAAACAUUGUCAAGAGAAAACGCAGUGUGUGGUGAAAGAUGAAACAGGUGAGAUUGUGUUUUUUAAAAAAUUUUUUUAACAUUAUAUCAAACUU